AAAUGAAAAGAAAAGGGGUGUUAGUUUUAUAAAAUUGGAUAUAAUAACACAGAUGGCGCUAGUAGUCAUCGUCUAUCGAUAAACUAACCUAAUACGUUCCUUUGUCCUCGAUAGUGAAGCUUGAAUUGAAUUAACAACAAUGGCCGUUGUGGUUGGCUGUCAUUGGAAAACUUUAGCAGAUUAUGUAUCGAAUGACAGUUCCUUUAUGAUUGAUCAUUUUAAUCAGUUUUUCGUAUUAAUCAAUUUGUAAAUAUUACGAGUUAAAAGGAAUUGUGACAGAAGAUGAUUAUUUAAUAAACUUAAGAUUCGCGGGUAUCGACUGGUGGAUCAUCAAUGACCAGCUGACAAUGUUUUUCAAUUAGCAUAAUUUAUUGUGAUCAUCUGCUACUCGCGGUUAUUCGAAAAUGUUCAAAGCCGAGGAAUCCUCUCGAGGCAGCUUCCUUCAGCAAACUAAAGCAGCAAGAGAAGAAAGAGCUCAUGAAAAGGACAGGGAAGCUGCUGUCACUGUUAUUCAAGCUUAUGUUAGAGGAUGGUUGGCUCGGAUAAGAUUUACCAAAAAGAUUCUAGAGGAAUUCGAUAUCAAUUUUCCUGAUGAUUGUACAAAGCUCGAUGCAAACAUUGAGUUGCAGCUUGCAUUGCAUAUAUACAGGGUUACUUCUAGAUUUUUGAUUAUUUAUAAGAAGGAAAGGGAUCAAGAGCGUAUAGAAAAAUUAUGUAGAUACCUUGUGCAAACUCUACAUUCGGAGUCUCCUAAAUUCUCAUACGUAGGUGUUGCUCUUAACAAGGAUCACUACAUAUCAUGGAUAUUGCAAAUGAAAACAAUUUUAAAUCAUUGUCUCAUUGGCUUGGACAGCCUUAAACCUGAAAUAAGUUCUGACCAUACGUCCAUCCUAUUGAGAUUAUACACAUUAGUUAGUUUUACAUCACCGGCAUCAUGGGCGAUAUUAAAAGUAGAGGGUAUGGAGAAACUGAGACCUGGUAUGAGUCAGUUAUGCGCUAAUAUAAUGGGGCAUCUUGUCAAUAAUGGCUUUUAUGCUAUUAUGCAGACGUUACUAGUAAAAGGAUUAGGUAGAGCAGAAGUUUCAUCGAUAUCAGUUGCACUCUCUGCAGCUGUGACAUUAACUUUAAGACCAUUGAUAUCUUCACAAAUGUCAGAUAAAUUAGUAUCGCUAUUUUUAAUUAAUAUUUUUAGUGUCCCUGCUUUAGUUUAUCACUUGAACAUGUUAUGUCCAGAGUGCAUUUCAUCCUUUAUUAUGCACAAUUUAUUUGCGAGAAGUUUGGAACUAUUAAAUUCGGAACAAAAUUUGAGGAUAGUUUUUAAUGCAUUGGAGGGUAGUUACGCACUAUGUCUAUUAUCCAAUUUAAUACAGUUAGCCAAUAUCGAAAGAGAAGAAGUCCUGAGAGAUUCGUAUUUUCCUUCUUUUACGUUUGUUGUUACAAAAAUGCUAGAAGCAUGUCAACAGUACGUUGUAGCCAAACAAAGUAACAUAACUCAUUGGCAUCCAAUUCUCGGUUGGUUUGCUCAAUCAGUUGAUACUCCUUUACAAGAAGCUAUUCCUUACGUCACAUCGCAAUUAGCUUGCCUAUGGACUGGCAGAAUUGUUUUACAGUUAAUUGGCCAACCAUUAACCGAACUAGUUGGUAAGGAAUCACCUCCGCAGAUGGAACAACAGAGCACAUCUCUAAGUACUAAUAUUUUCCGUCGAGCAUUUUUGGAAGCACGCACAAAUAGAAAUAAUAGCAAUAAAAAUUAUAGAAAAUUAGGGAGUCCUGAAUGUACCAAAAUUGCCCUGAUUUGUUCCAUGUAUCAAACUGCUCUACAUACGCUUACACAAAUGAAGCAGGACAUAUUAACAGGGCUUUGUUAUCAAGAUAAAAUUUUGUAUCAUAUGUGGUUAUUUUUGGGAACAUUGGGGCCACACUGUGGCUUAAAAGCGUUUCUGGAUCAUUUAGCAGCGAAUACGAAAUGUACUGCGCCAGAAUUUCAAAUGUUGAUAUUAUUUUGUGAUUGUAUGACUCAUUACGUUACCAUAUUAGAUGACAUGGAGAUGUACGAGCAGCAAGAUCCUUUUAAAUUAUCGGACUUUAUAACAAUGUCAUUUUUUUUAAACCAAUUUUUAUACAAAGCUGUUCUUAAUAAUCUAUUUGAUGUUACAGAUGUGAAAACAGUGUCUAACAAUCCGUUAUUUACAUCACUACAUACACUUUUAAUGGCUAUUUACCGUCGAGAUUGCAGAAGGCCUUUUUGUCCAGAUGGACAUUGGUUGGCGAAGGAGGUACGAGUUUCUGGUUUCUUAGCGGAUUUAGAAAAAAGGAGAGGUGGUGCAGCACUUUUGCUUUCAAAAAUGCCGCACGUUAUACCGCACUCCGAACGAGUGGUUUUAUUUCGAAAACAUGUUGCUAACGAGAAAGCAGUUAUGGGUUUAACUGAGAGUGCUUGUAAUAGUCCACCAACUACGCUAAUAGUUGUUCAUAGAACGCGUAUAGUAGAGGAUGGCUAUCGGCAGUUAGCAAUGUUACCUCCUCAAGCUUUGAAAGGUGUAAUCAGAGUACGUUUCGUAAAUGAACAGGGUUUGGCAGAAGCUGGAAUAGAUCAGGAUGGUGUAUUUAAAGAAUUUUUGGAAGAAACGAUCAAAAGAGUUUUUGAUCCGUCUUUGAAUUUGUUUAAAGCUACUAGCGAAAAUCGUCUUUAUCCUUCUCCAACGUCCUCGAUGCAGGACAAUCAUUUACAAUUAUUUGAAUUCGUUGGACGAAUGCUAGGCAAGGCUGUUUACGAGGGAAUCGUCGUAGAUGUUCCGUUUGCGUCAUUUUUUGUUUCCCAAUUUUCUGGGCAAGCUGGAGGAACCUUGUAUAAUUGUUUAGACGAGUUAGCUUCGUUGGAUCGUGAUCUCUAUCGUAGUCUAACUUUAGUAAAACAUUACAAAGGUGAUAUUAGACAAUUAGAAUUGACUUUUUCGUUGGAUGAAGAUGUGAUGGGAAAAUUAGUAACUCACGAGUUGAUACCUGGUGGACGUGCCGAGGCAGUUACUAAUCAAAAUAAAAUACGUUAUAUACAUCGAAUGGCACAUUUUCGUAUGCAUACGCAAAUCAAGGAACAAACGGCUGCUUUUAUUAAAGGAUUUUGUUCGAUAAUCAAUCCUGAUUGGUUGUCAUUAUUUUCAACGCCCGAACUGCAAAGAUUAAUAUCGGGUGACAACGUCCCAUUAGAUCUGCGCGAUCUACGUAGACACACGCAAUACUAUGGUGGAUUCCAUGAUAGUCAUAGAGUAGUAUGCUGGUUAUGGGACAUCCUUGAGAAAGAUUUUACCGAGGAAGAAAGAGGCUUAUUUUUAAAGUUCGUCACAAGCUGUUCAAAAUCACCGUUGCUGGGUUUCGCUCAUUUGGAACCACGAUUUUCCAUACGUUGCGUUGAAGUUGGCGAUGACGAGGAUACAGGCGACACAAUUGGCAGUGUGAUAAGAGGAUUUUUUACGAUACGUAAAAAGGAUCCUCAAAUUCGGUUGCCUACUUCUUCAACUUGUUUCAAUUUAUUGAAACUACCAAAUUACCAGAAAAAGAGUACACUUCGUGAAAAGUUACGUUAUGCUGUUACCAGUAACACCGGCUUUGAACUUUCUUAAUUAAUCUACGACUUAUUGGUAGUAACAAUCAUCAGGGAACUAACUCGAAACGCGGAGCAAAAAUCGAAAGUGAUCGAGCGGUGCCUAACUGAUUUACCCCAUGUUUCAAUAUAAAACGUGACCUAUAUAAAUAUCUACAAAAAAAAAAAUAUAUAUAUAUAUAUAUACAUAUUACAAUUAAAAAUCGAAGAAUGAACGAAAAUGUACAGUAAAACAUAUACACGUAUAUAGUCUUAAGCCUAACUAAUAAGUUGCAAGAAUUGUAACUUCUUUAGAAUAAUUAUUUG